CGCUUGAUGUGGACCACCGUUUUUCCGCUUUCCAUUCGCGUGAUCAUAACUGCUCUCGUAUGCACGCGUGUAAAAUAACCGUCAAUAAUUAAUCAUUCAAAUCACAAACAAUAGUCGAUUUUACUAUUAUAUAGUGUACGUUUCCGAUAAAUAAACCACCGCCGUUUUCGUAUACGUACUUGUGUGAGAACCAUAUCGGCCGUGAGAUCAGUUUUGUACGGAAAGUUACAAUAAUGUUUGGCUUUUUUUAAUAAUAUUGUUUUUUCUCACCGAUCGAUGAAAGAAACAUGAACCAGUUGGUGGACACAAAUAAUUGUAUGGUUAAGGGUGAAUUCAUCAUACCGUGCACUGCAGUCGAAAACGACUUAAUAAUGGCGGGCUCCGACGAAUUUUGAUCCGGCGGCCGGUCGACAAGCCCGCGACGAGUAUCCUAUGGCCCUGCUCGGAGCACUUGCGGCCACCGGCAGUAGACGCCAGGGCUGCGUGCUGCGGGCGGCGGCCGACGCGAUAACGUUCUACUGUGGCGGCGACGUCGUCGGUGGCGGCAGCGGCAGCAGCAGCGGCGGCGGUGGCGGUGGCGGCGACGGUGCCGCCGCCGAGUAUGGCCGGGCCGCUGCGGCGUCCGGCCGGUCGUCCGCCGCCGCCGGCGAUCGCGGAUUCGGCGACUACUUCCGGCGGCCCGUCCGGUCGGUGGCCAUCGGCGAAGACGGUUCCGGCGCCGGCGGCUACUACUUCGGCACCGAAAACGGUUCGUCGGCGGCCGCCGUGCUGGCCAACGCGACGACAGGCCUGGAACCGUUCCUGAACGGUUCGUACAAUCACACGCUCGGCGCCGAAGUAGAAGACCUCACCAAUUACAUAUUCGUCAUCACCAUCGGCAUAAUAUUGGGCGCGAUGAUUCUGACGACCAUUUGUGGUAACGCGUUGGUGAUAGCAGCAAUUUUGUUGGAGAGGAAUUUACAAAACGUGGCCAACUACCUCAUUGUCUCGCUGGCGGUCGCCGAUUUAAUGGUAGCAUGUUUAGUCAUGCCCUUAGGAGCUGUUUAUGAGAUAAGCAGAGGAUGGAUUUUAGGUCCAGAACUAUGUGACAUGUGGACUUCAAGUGAUGUACUGUGUUGUACAGCUUCCAUACUUCACCUAGUUGCAAUAGCUGUUGAUAGAUAUUGGGCUGUUACUAAUGUUGAUUAUAUACACACGAGAAACGGUCGAAGAAUAGUGGGCAUGAUUAUUGUGGUAUGGUUUGUAGCACUUGUCGUGUCAUUGGCUCCACAGUUUGGCUGGAAAGACCCGGAUUAUCUGGAUCGUAUCAAUAUUCAACAGAGAUGUAUGGUCAGUCAAGACAUUGGCUAUCAGAUAUUUGCCACAUGUUCAACGUUUUACUUGCCUCUACUGGUCAUCCUGUUUCUUUAUUGGAAGAUAUUUAAGAUAGCCAGGAGAAGGAUUCGCAGAAGAAGGGCUCAGAGGAACGCUAUGAUAGAACAUUCGAGGUCGAAGAAGCCAGCGGACGACGCAGCCGCCUCGGCCGAGCCCAAAAAAUGCGGUUUCUUCCGGAAGGCCGUUUUCCUGCGGAUCAAGAAAAAGAAGGAAGUGGAAGAGACGGCCGUGUGCUCGAGCAUAGGUUUGAUCGACGGUCAUUCGAGCUGUUCAAUGCCCGAGUCGUCGCAAGACGGCGGUGGAGGCGGUGGCGGCGGUGGCGGUCAAUCGAAAGCAGGCAACGGCAGCGGAAGUGGUGGCGGAAGUGUGGGUGGAAGCGGCGGCGAAGACAAGACCACCGCGUUCACGAUCACCACGAACCACGACCACGGGGCUACGUCGACACACCAGCACCAUCACCACCACCACCAUCAACACCACCACCACCAGCACCAGAAUCAGCUCCAGCCCCCGGUGAUCGAGGACGACGGGCCUACCAUCACGGACCCGUCGGCCGGCCGGCACACGGUCAUCGAGAUGAACGUGAAUCGGGCGUGCGUCGCGGCGCCCCCUCGGCCGAAGACGAAGCGCGAAAAGAAAGAGUCGCUGGAGGCGAAACGCGAACGGAAAGCUGCCAAGACGUUGGCCAUCAUCACUGGGGCGUUUGUCGUGUGCUGGCUACCGUUCUUCAUCAUGGCUCUGGUCAUGCCCCUGUGCCAGGGUUGUGUGAUCAACGAGUACGUUUCCAGCUUCUUCCUGUGGUUGGGCUACUUCAAUUCCACCCUAAACCCGAUCAUCUACACCGUUUUCAGUCCCGAGUUCCGGUUGGCAUUUACCAAAAUGAUUUGCGGCACUACGUAUAGGAGAUAAUGAAAUGCGCACAUUAUCAUACAUAAAUAUCCAUUAUUAUUAUAAUUAUUAUUAUUAUUAUUAUUAUUAUUACAUAAACAAUACGUAUAAUAUAUUAAAUAUCCGACGCCUUAUUAUUACAUUGUUGUAAUUCGUGAGUAUUGCGCGUUUUUUGUGUGUUGUACAUGUGUAGGUUAUAAGUUCUGUGUGUUUUUAUGUGUGUGUGUGGGUGAUGUGUGUGUGUGUGUGUGUGUGUAUGUGCGCUCGAAUGCUUGGCGUUAUAGGCGAUAAACGGUCAUCGGUCUUUGCGAGGCCCACAAUGUCCACAGAUGGCGACCGAGAUUUACGCGAUUCACUGUGACCAGGACUGAGCAUAAUACUGCUGUAGGGUGUCGUAAAAUUCGUAGAACGAUAUUUCAGUCGAUAAUACACACACAUUACACACGCUCGCCCACCCUCACUCGCUUCGCUCGAGUGUUAUGUCCCUGUUUUAAUCCUUCAAGACCAUUAUCAUUAUUAUUAUUUUACGGGAAGAAACGACAUGAUAUUAUUAUUUACACCAUUGUUUCGCGACGUUAUAGCAUAGCCUUUGUCACGGCAUGUAACAUAUAUACAUUUGAUAAUGUCGGCAGAAAACCAUCGUCCCGUUUAAAGACCACAAUGAAAUUAUGUAUUAAAAAACAUAGGCUUAAUGUAUUUUAAUUUCGCUUAAAUCUGUUAAAACAAUUUCCGUAAAAAUAUUUUGUAUUUUUAACUUGAAUACUCUUUAAACGGGUUUCAAAAAGUGAAUGCUGAUGAUGACAGGUUGCUUAAACGUUCUCUCAACAUUUAAUAUAUGUGUGACCGAUGAAUUGGCCCGUUCAGUUUUAGUGGAUCAUUAAAUUGAAUUAAAUAAAAAUAACUCUGUAACCCGACAUUAGAAUUGUUUUAUGAUACAUAACAAUAUAGAUAAGUCAUUUUACUAAUUCACAGGUGUUGAAACGGGAAAAUUAAAUUUUUUUUUUAUGAUUUUCAUUUUUAUGUAUAGAGCUUUUGCUAUGCUGUUGCUGCUACUGCUGGAAAUUUAAGUCGACCGGUUCGACUACUAUUCCGUUAUUAAAUUGUUUAAAUUAUAGUUAUAUAGGCUUUAAAUACUCGCUAAGUGCGUUUUACUGUUAAACUAUAUAUAUGUAUAUCCAUACUUAAUGGAAAAUCGUAUGAUCGGUAUGUGUAAAUAUAAUUAAAUUUGCUACUAAAGCUUGUCAUUUUUUUCAUAAAAAAAAUAAAUUGUACAAUGUUAAAGAAAAAUUUACAAAUGUGGGGUUAGUCAAAACGGAUAAAGUUAAAAAUAAUGUUCAACAGUAAGAUAAGUUGUAAUUUGCUCAGGAUAAACUUAAAAAUUACUUAUUCACUGUAUAAAUUAUAGUUUUAUUUAUGAAUUACUUCCGGUAAUGCCGAUGUAAUAAUAUUUUUUAAUUUUACUUCCGAUUGUAAAAUAUAAUUUAAUUAUAUUGUAUUAUGUGUAAAGAAAUAAAUCAUCAACUUAAACCGUUUUGACCACCUACGCUGUAAUAUAAACUCAAUUGUAAAGAUUCUUAACAUUUAAUUACCUAUAUUAAACAUUUUUCCAAUAUUGUGUUGAUUAUAUCGGAUACCCUCUAGUGGUGGUAAAUUGUUAAACUGCUCUAAACUGUUUUGGUUUCUAGUCAGAAAUUAUCAUUUUUAAAUUGCUACUUCAGUUUGGAGCAAUUAAUUGUGUUAUAAAUUUAUAUAAUACAUAUUAUUAUCAUUGUUAUUAUUAAGUUCAAUAUUCAAAUAAAGUAGGUACAUACACCUGCAUAUUAUACCGAAAACCCUAUUUAUUGUUCUAACAUAAUAUAAUACCAUGUUAUCAUUAUUAUUUUAAU